AUGUUAGAUGUAUUGGCCAAUGGCCAUUCCCACUCCAUUCCCUUUCUUGUCUGCCCCAUUGGGAGCACCCCCACCAUCCUUGGCAUAACAUGGCUUGCUCAGGAGUCACCCCUCAUUGAUUGGACACUAGGCAUAGUCACCUUCCAAGAACAGGUCCUAAUAGCAUUGGAGGAGGAGGCAGACCCAGACCUGUUGGCAGAUCUUCCUUCCCAAUACCAUGAGUUUGCUAAAGUCUUUGGCAAAGAAGAAUUCAAGGUCUUGCCCCCACAUAGGGAGUAUGAUAUAGCCAUUGACCUCCUCCCUGAUGCCAAGCUCUCCCCUGGACCCAUUUAG